AUGGUCACUGGUCAAGCCAACAUAUUUUCUGGUGUACAUUGUUACAAUAAGGCCACAGGAUUAGGAGGGACCGGGAUUUAUUUGAAAUUGCCUGGUUUAACACAAAAAAGAAUUGUGAACUCUUACAUGGAUUACACUAGUAUUGUUGCUGAAGAUCCUGUUCAACUUCAUAUUUCUAGUAGCUUCUUCCUGGGUGAUGCGAAUAUUGUGUUGAAAUCUAUGAAUGGUGUCUUAAAUGGUGUUACUAUUGUUGAUAACAAGUUCUCUGGAUCAAAUCAAGGUGUUGAAAUUGUUCAUUUGGAUAAAUCAAAUAGUCCUUUUCAUCAAAUCGAUCAAGUUAUUGUUGAUAGGAACAUUGCAAGAGGAAUGAGUUUAAAGGCAACGGUUGUGAAAAUGUCUAUGCAAGGGAAUGGAACUUUAUGGAUUGUUGAUUUCAACAAUGUUCUUCUUUUUCCUAACCUUAUUAAAAAUGUUCAGUACUCAUUGAGUUCAAUAGGUAGGAGUUUUCCUAGACAUGCGAUUAGGAAUGUGUCGAAUAAUCGCGUUGUGAUUCAAACGAAUAAAGUGGUUACUAUGAAUGUUUUCGUCACAGUGGAUCAGAGUAUGGUGAAUUGA